CGCGAGGCCAGCGUUGCGGCGGUGCUCGCCGCGGCGCCGGCCCCGCCCCUGCGCGCGCCCUUGCCCCCCGGGGCGCUGCCCCGGCCGACGCCCGCGCCACCGCUAGCGCCGGCGCGGAUGCCGCGGAGCAGGAGCCCGCCCUUCGUGGCGUUCCGGCUUGACGGGAAAGGCCACGGUGCUCGCGCUGGCCGGCGCGCUGCGCCUGCAGCAGGCCUCGGCGCACGGCAAGCUCACGGUGCCCGCCUCGCGCAACGAGCUCGGCGGCUCGUCGACGUGCGCGCGCUGCCUCAACGGCGCUGGGCCCUGCGGCGACUCGUCGAGCUCGAACUUCUUCGCAGGGUCGCAGGCCACGUGGACUGCGGGGAGCAUCGUGCCCAUCACCGUGGUGGUGACGGCACGCCACAUGGGCCACUACGAGCUCCGGAUGUGCGACGCGCGGCUUGACGGCUCGACAUCGGACCCAGAGGGGUGCCUCAACAGGUGGGUCUUGGAGCGCGCCACCCCUGGGGAGGUGGACGGAACGCACACGGUAUAUUUCAAAGUGCCUGCCGGGCUGCGGUGCGAUGAGUGCACGCCCCAGUGGCACUGGUGGUCUGCCAACAGCUGCCAGCCCGCAGGGGAUUACGGCUGCUACAAGGACGUUCUGCAGUCCAGCGGGUAUUGGGUGGGCUCGAAGGUGAUCGUGAGCGACUGCGCCAGCUUGUGGCUCAGGUUCCUGGCCGACAUCGGCUCCCGAGUCUGCCGACGAGCGAUGGCUGGCACGCUCCAGGCCACGGUGCUCGCGCUGGCCAGCGCGCUGCGCCUGCAGCAGGCCUCGGCGCACGGCGAGCUCACGGUGCCCGCCUCGCGCAACGAGCUCGGCGGCUCGUCGACGUGCGCGCGCUGCCUCAACGGCGAUGGGCCCUGCGGCGACUCGUCGAGCUUGAACUUCUUCGCAGGGUCGCAGGCCACGUGGACUGCGGGGAGCAUCGUGCCCAUCACCGUGGUGGUGACGGCACACCACAUGGGCCACUACGAGUUCCGGAUAUGCGACGCGCGGCUUGACGGCUCGACAUCGGACCCAGAGGGGUGCCUCAACAGGUGGGUCUUGGAGCGCGCCACCCCAGGGGAGGUGACCGCGGCCUUCGGGCUUGGAGCUUGCGCCCCUGGAGACGACCGGCCCUUCUGCGCCCCCAUGGACGGGCGCCGCCCGGAGCGCUGGUACCUGCCGCCGCGCGGGGAGGUGGACGGAACGCACACGGUAUAUUUCAAAGUGCCUGCCGGGCUGCGGUGCGAUGAGUGCACGCUCCAGUGGCACUGGUGGUCUGCCAACAGCUGCCAGCCCGCAGGGGAUUACGGCUGCUACAAGGACGUUCUGCAGUCCAGCGGGCAUUGGGCGGGCUCGAAGGCGCCCUGGUGGACCGCGUUCGGCGGCAGCUGCUCUGGUCCAGCGGGCCCGAACGGGCAUUUCGGUUGCGGGGUGCGGGGCCACGGCAGGCCGUGCUAUUUGCACGUUGAGGCACCGCGCGGCGCCGAGCCAGACACCGAGAACCGCGGAGCCGACCCCCAGCAGCGAUACGGGAACAGGGGCCUGAGCAAGGCUUGGGAGGGUUACCAGGACCAGCACCAAGUAGGAUACGUUACGCCGCAGGCACAGCGGGUGCACGGUCUCGGCGCUGAUGAACUGGCCGGGGCCGCGCCCUUUCCCGAGGUGCGGCAGCGGUUCCUGUCGUUUAUCCGGGAGCAAGUCCAGCGAUGUCGCCAAAAUGCCGCAGGGAAGAGCAAGGCAUGCCACGUAGUGUUGGUCGGGCAUAACUCUUGGACGUUCGACGACCCCAUGCUCAUGAGUGGGCUCGUGGCGGAGUUCGGGGGCGCAGCCACGGAGGCCGCAUGGUUCGAAGCGCAGAUCGGGGAAGCUGUGCGCGUCUUUUCUGCUGAUUCGCUGCGCGCGGCCAAGCGCGCGCGGCAGUGCGGCGCCCUUGCCGCUCCCAAUGAUCGCCUGGCCUCCGUAUAUGCCGCCGUGGCGCACUGCCCGCUCGAGAACGCGCACUCGGCCCUGGCUGACGCCAGAGCUGUUUUCACCGUGGUCUCGGCGCUGGAAGCGUACAUGAGCAGUCGUCGGUGGACGAUUGGCGCCGCCGAAGCUGCGCGGCUUCGAGCUGUCCGAAAACUCGUACGCUGCCCGCACUUUGUCUCUGCCGUCGUCGCGGGCCUCUCAGAGACGCAGGACGUGAACGUUGCCGCGCUCAAGAAGAGGGCGAAUGAUUUGCCUGCCUCGUCGGCUGCUGCGGCAGGUGAAGGGGCCUCCGUGAUCCCGGCAAAGCAGAUGAGUGCGACGGAACCGUUCGCGUACGCUAAAACCAGGCGCGCGCGUGCGCUCAGCGGCCGAGUGAUUUGGGACGCGGCAGAUGCAACGGAUGAUGCGAACCGAGAAUCGCUCCCCGACAUCCUCGCCGCGAAAACAGGCGUGCAGCCAGCCUUCCAAACCCUGGUUGCCCUGGGUUCGGACGGCGAAGAGUGGACUCUCCUGGUGUGGCUGCCCGCCCUCGACCCGAUCUCGCUGAGCUUUGCCAUGGACUUCGAGCGAAACCCUCUGGUUGGUACCUGGCUCUCGCCACUUGCGGCGCUGCACAUCAGCAGAGACCCCCUGUGCGGACGGCUGGCGCACAGUGAACUCGGGCCGUCGGAGUCGGACGGACGGCGCUGUCCUAGAAAUGGCAUGGACAUGACGAGCCCUGGCGUCCCGGAGCCCGUCGCAAAGCAACAGGGGGACAAUGUGAAGAGCCAGCCACGCAGCAGCGCCCGAUCUCCCCUCGUGGCCUUCCUCUCGAAGAACAACUUUUUGAUCCGUGGCAAGGAAAGCUCACAACAGGAGAUCACUCACGCGCUGAUGGACGGCGCGGCGGGCGGUCGCAUCUGCCUGCCCGAUUCGGCCAUCAGUGCUUUCUUUGCCGCCUAUGGCGCAGAGCUGGAAGCCGAGCGGCCCGCCUUCGUUAUCGAGGGGCGUACGCCCGUAUUCAAGAUGCAUUUCGACCUUGACUUCACAGCGCUUCACGAGGAUGCCACGGCGGAAGCGGCCGCGGCGAUCAUUUGCUCCGCCGUGAGCUCUUUCAUCGCGAAGGACGACCAUGCAGAUCUCGGACGGACCUGCUGGUGCAUCGCGUGCGGCAUCCUAGAUGACGCGGGCGCGAGGCGUGCCCCAGGACUGCAUCUGGUCUGGCCGUGGCUGAAGGUCAGUACAGAGCAAGCACUCUGGAUACGGGCGAGCGCUCUGAGCAUGCUGCGCCAGGGAGCGACGUGCGAGCAGGACUGGGACAAGGUGUUGGAUAUCGCGGUGCUCACCACCAAUGGGCUACGCAUGGUUGGCAGCGACAAGUGUCGUGAUUGCCGGGUGUGCGCGAACGGCAGGGAAGCGCGCCUUUUCUGUGGCGACUGCAAUCGCACCGGAAAGAUCGCGGAUAAUAAGAUAUAUUGGCCUUGGCGAGCGAUCCCUUCGCACGAGACGGAGGUGCUGCUGCGCGACCUUCGAGAGAACGCGGCCUACGUCGCUCACAUGUGCAGCAUCCGUGUCCCCUCGGAUCAGGCAGUCAGCUGCCCGGCCUUCCGCAUUCCCGUGGGCGCACCGCCGCCGAGCCUCAGGAAGAAGCUCGGCAGGUCUCAGGCGGCCAGCGCCGAGGGAAGAGACCACGCGCUGCAAGAUGCCACAACGCAACUGGGCCGUGCACCGGGCAAGCGCGAGCCUCUCGAUCUCUCGGAAGAGCUCAAGUGCGCACUGCAGGAGUGCAUUGCUACCGUUGAUCCAAGCUACGCGAAUCUGGAGGUCCGCUCGGCAGACCGUCGGACCAAUGCGGAACGAGGCCGCGUCACGGGCUGCCUGCUUGUCAAGGUCUCUGGCUUCGGCUGUCGAUUCUGCCUCAACAAAAGCGCUGAGCACCGCCAGAUUACUGUGUACUUUUUGGUCUCGACACGAGGGAUCACGCAGCGCUGCUUUUCACGCAAGCCCGUGGUGCACGCCUGCGGACUUUGCGAAAAGUUUAGCAGCCCACCCGCACCUCUUACGCGGAGAUUAUCUACUGCUCUGAUCGGCGCCGGAUGCGCUUUCCUGAUCGCGCAGCAGCCCAAGCGAGAGUUUCUCGCGAUCGAAGCACAGCCCUGCGGUGGUCGCAGCUCUUUGGGCCAGUCUCUCAAGCGGCAGGGCGACAUGCUUCUUCUCGCGGACAGGAUCUGGGGGAAGACCCGCCGGACGGAAGACCCGCCACACUGA